AUGGUUGACUACCUGUCGAGGCGCGACAAUAUCGCCGAUCCGAACAAUGACCCCAAUAUUGGUUCCGCGCGUGGAAAUGCGAGCACAACCUCAGGGGAUAUUGUGGAGGGCUUGACAGGCGGAGGCUCGACAUCAGACUCGGCCCUGGUGUCUACUCUGCUGCCGGCUCUGGUCAUUGCUCUCUUCUGGUUCGGACUGUUCAUCAUCUUUCGCCGUAGUCAGCAGCACUGGUACUCGCCGCGCUCGCAUUUGCCAAACCUCCACCACCAUGAACGCACUCCGCAACUCCCCAGUGGCUUCACCAACUGGUUCGGCACUUUUUUCCAAAUAUCGGAUUCCCACGUCCUUCACUCCUCGUCCAUUGAUGGGUAUCUUUUCCUACGCUUCUUGCGAAUCCUGUGCGUAAUUUGCUUCGCGGGCAUCGUAAUUCUUUGGCCCGUUCUCCUACCUAUCAAUGCCACCGGCGGUGGCGGUAGCUCACAAAUGGACCAAUUCAGCUUCAGUAACGUUGCCAGUCCAACAAGAUAUUAUGCCCACGUUGUGAUGGGCAUAAUCUUUUUCAGUACGCCCUCCAAGCUUGAUAAAUCCCGCCGAAUUUAUAAAGCAUAUGUUUUCUUCGUGGUCACUCGCGAGAGUCUCUUUUAUGCCAACUUGCGGCAGACAUAUCUCAACUCACCGGCCUAUGUCAACCGCAUCUCGUCCCGGACAGUGCUCUUCAUGUCUGUGCCCGAGGCCUACAAGAGUGAAAAGAAGCUUCGCCAGGUGUUUGGUGACAGUAUUCGUCGCAUCUGGAUUACUUCGGACUGCAAGGAAUUGAACAAGAAGGUUGACGAGCGAGAUAAACUGGCUUACAGCCUUGAAAGAGCAGAGAUCAAGCUGAUUCGCACUGCAAAUGCAGCUCGACUGAAAGCCGCCAAGGAGCGUGAUGUCAAUGUAUGCGAUGAUUGUGAGUUGGCGGAUCCGCUGACAUUCGCGAAUAUUAAACGCCCCAUGCACCGUGCAAACUUCUUUGGAAAAAAGGUGGACAGUAUUCAAUACUAUCGAUCACGACUGGCUGCAGCCAUCCAGGAGGUCGAAGCAAUGCAGAAGAAACACCGCGAUGGGGACGCCAAAUACCUUUCCGCAGUCUUUGUGGAGUUCCAGAGCCAGUCGGAUGCCCAGGUCGCGCUGCAGACCCUGUCUCACCACCAACCUAUGCAUAUGACGCCUCGUUACACGGGAAUAGCGCCCCGUGAAGUUGCAUGGUCCUCUCUGAAUCUCAGCUGGUGGCAGAGAAUUGUGCGCAUGUUUUUGGUGCAAGGUGGAAUCGCCGCUUUGAUUAUAUUCUGGUCUAUCCCUGCGGCAAUUGUUGGAACAAUUUCAAAUGUCACAUACCUUGCGAACUUAUUUCCGUUCCUGGGAUGGCUGGCCGAUCUUCCUGCGUUUAUUGAAGGUAUCAUUUCAGGCUUGUUGCCAUCAGCUGCCUUGGUUCUGCUCAUGUCGCUGGUGCCCCCUAUCUGUCGACUGUGUGCACGGAAAGCAGGUCUUCCUUCUUUAUCGCGGAUUGAGUUGUUCACUCAAACCGCUCAUUUCUGCUUCCAAGUAGUGCAAGUGUUCUUGGUGACGACCAUUACAUCGGCGGCUUCAGCUGCUGUCAGCCAGAUCAUCAAGAAUCCCCUGUCAGCGAAGGAUCUCCUGGCGCAGAAUCUGCCCAAGGCCUCGAAUUUCUACAUCUCGUACUUUUUAUUGCAAGGGCUAUCGAUGAGCUCAAUGGCCGUCGUCCAGAUCAUGAGUGCUCUGGUCUUUAAAAUUCUGACAAUGUUCUUUGCGACGACUCCACGACGAUUGUUCAAUCGCUGGACACAGUUAGCCCGGAUCAGCUGGGGCAAUGUAUUUCCUGUCUUUACCAACAUGGGAGUCAUCGCCCUCACAUAUUCGUGCAUUGCUCCUAUUAUUCUGGCCUUUGCAUUUAUCGGGCUUUUCCUCGUGUACCAAGCAUACCGCUACAACUUCAUAUUUGUGUACGGCAUUGACAUUGACACCAAGGGCCUAGUAUAUCCACGAGCGCUACAGCAUCUGCUCACAGGCAUCUAUCUAGCCGAGAUUUGCAUGAUAGGGCUCUUCUCCAUCAAAGCGGCCAUCGGACCACUGAUAAUCAUGGCAUUAUACACCAUCCUCACCAUCCUGGCUCACAUUUCCCUCAACGAAGCCCUGAGCCCACUUAUGAACUUCCUCCCGCGCUCGCUAGACACGGAAGAGGAAGAAAUCCAAAUGAACCAAGAAGCCGAAGCAGCCUACCAGCACGCAUCCACUGCACACGGACGCAUCUGGAAAUGGUUCCACCCAAACCUCUACAAGGACUAUGCCGACCUGCGGCGCAAAGUCCGACGCAACAACGUGAUCAUCGAAUAUUCAGAACAGGAAAUGGCAGAUGCCUACUACGAGCCUUGCAUUACCGCCGAGACACCGCAGCUGUGGAUCCCCAAGGACGCCGCAGGCAUCAGUCAGGAGGAGAUCAGACAUACCAGCGCCAUCAUUCCCAUAUCGGACCAUGGGGUGCACUUGGAUGCAAAGAACAAGAUCCAGUGGGACAUGUAUGAUGAGCACCUGCCCAUGUGGGAGAGGAAGAUUCUGUAUUGA